UAAAAGUGUCCUUAAAGAUGCAUAAAAACACAUUAAAGUGAAGAACUACACAGUAAACUUAACAAUGCAUGCAAUUAUUUCAGUUUGAACGGUAUCGCUUCUCGGAACGGAACUAAAAACGAAGGUCUGAUAAUGAAGUUUGCUGGGUGUGUGAUUGCCAAUAGUUGCCAUGCCUUUGGGCGCCUCGCGGCAUUAAGCCCCCACCCGCCGACAACUACCCUGCUCCUCUCAAUAAUGUUUAAACCAUCACCUGUGUGAUGGCUUAUUUCGUCCACAGGAGAAGAAGAAAAACAAAAACAAAAAAAAGAAAGAAAACGAGUUGUUGCUGCUUCUCCCUGCAGGUCUAAUGAGUCAUGACAUGAGCAUCCCCUCCCACGCUCCUUCCCUCUCUCCCCUUCCUCCCCCACUCUGAGCGCCUUUAUAUUAGAGGUGCUGCUCUCCUUCCCGCAGAAGCAUCCCUCCCGCCUUAUCGGGAGGCACGCCGGAUCUCACAAGAUGACUCGGACUCCUCUCUUUCUGCUACUUGGGUUCGCUUUUCAGAUAGGGAAUCAAGCGCUUCCAGUGGGGAAGGAUGGCCAAAGAGAAGAUGUGGUGACAAGAUGUUUAGUGGAGGUUCUGUCCAAAGCACUCACCCACCCAGACGCCCAAUUGGACCAAGAGUGCAAGGAGAUCUUCCAAGCAGGAAUUAAACAUGCUCCGCUGGACAAGAAGAGCAAAGGGGCGACCAAUGAAGAGCAGGCCAAAGAUCACGCACAAGACAUCCGUGAACUCCAGAGCUCAGUAGAGUCGAACCGGGAAAGCGCAAAGAGUGAACGCAAUCAGGAAUCCUGGAGUCUGGAGAAAAGAUACCAGGGAGACGAUAGCGCGGAGGAAGAGGAGAAACGGGAGAAGAGAAGCAGCUGGAGGCCAGGAAGGUUCCACCAGAAAAAGCCCAAACGCGACAAGGAACCUGUGGGAGGAGAGUCCAAAGAGGAGGAGCGCGAUGAAGAACGCAGUCAGGAGUCCUGGGAUUUGGAUCGAAGGAGCGACGAUGACCAAGAGGAGCAAGACAAGCUCAUUUGGAAGCCCUCAGAUCAAUACCACCCCAAAAAGAAGUUCCACAAGCGUGGAGAUGAGGACUACGAACGCAGCCAGGAGUCGUGGGGGCUUGAUGACGAGAAGGACAAGAGGGAAUGGAGGCCUGGGAGUUACCACCACAGGGGACACAAGAGAGAUGAAGAAUUAUCAGAGGAACCAGAUGAGGAACGCAGUCAGGAAUCCUGGGAUUUUGACACUAAAAGGGAUAAGAAGGACUGGAGGCCUGGGAGAUAUCACCAAAGGAGACACAAACGUGAUGAGGAACUGUCAGAGGAACCAGAUGAGGAACGCAGCCAGGAGUCAUGGGGGCUCGAUGACGUGAGGGACAAGAGGGAAUGGAGGGUUGGGCGAUACCACCAGAGGAGACACAAGAGGGAUGAGGAGAUCUCAGAGGAUCUGGAUGGGGAACGAAGCCAAGAAUCUUGGGAUUUUGCCACCGAUGUAUACAAGAGAGACUGGAGGCCCGGGAGAUAUCACCAGAGGAGACACAAGCGCGACGAAGAACUCUCAGAGGUACCAGAUGAGGAACCCAGUCAGGAAUCCUGGGAUUUUGACAGUGGGAGGGCUAAGAAGGACUGGAGACCUGGGAGAUACCACCAAAGGAGACACAAGCGUGAUGAGGAACUGUCAGAGGAACCCAGAGAGGAACCAGAUGAUGAGCGCAGCCAGGAGUCUUGGGAUUUGGAGAAUGACAGAUACAAGCGGGACUGGAGGCCUGGGAGAUACCACCAGAGGAGACACAAGCGAGACAAAGAGCUCUCAGAGGAUCCGGAUGAGGAACGUAGCCAGGAAUACUGGGAUUUCGACAGUGACAGAUACAAGAGGGACUGGAGACCCGGGAGAUACCACCAGAGGAGACACAAGCGAGAUGAGGAACUGUCAGAGGAUCCGGAGGAGGAACGCAGCCAGGAAUCUUGGGAUUUUGACACCGACAGAUACAAGAGAGACUGGAGACCAGGUCGAUACCAUCAGAGGAGACACAAGCGAGAUGAGGAACUGUCAGAGAAUCCGGAUGAGGAACGUAGCCAGGAAUAUUGGGAUUUUGACACCGACAGAUUCAAGAGGGACUGGAGACCCGGGAGAUACCACCAGAGGAGACACAAGCGAGAUGAGGAACUCCCACAGGAAGCACGAGAGGAACCUGAUGAGGAACGUAGCCAGGAAUCCUGGGACUUCAACGGGGAGAAGAAGUUCUGGAGGCCUUGGAGAUACUACAAGAAGCAGCCAAAGCGUGAUGAAGAACCCUCAAAGGAAAAGUGGGAGAACCCAGAUGGAGAACGCAGUCAGGAGUACUGGAGCUUCGACAAGAGACAUAACGAAGAUGAUGACAAAAACUCUGAAAAGCACAUUUGGAAGCCGUCGCAUCAGUACAACCACAAAAACAAAUAUCACAAGCAUGGAGGGGAAGAGGUGUCUGAAGAUGAAGAUCUGAGUGACGAUUCAGAAAAUCCAGAGGAUAGGAGCGAAACCCUGGGAUAUCUGGCUGAGAAAAGAAACCCGUGGGUCUACAGAGGCUACUACCAUCCCGCCUGGUUCAAAAGGAAUCGAGAAGAGCAUGCUGCCCCGAACCAGAUGGAUGAGGCGGCCAAGCUGCUGAGUCACAAAAUCGACCAGCUCGCCGACCAAGAGGCAUCACAAGGCGCCACGCAUCCGAGGGCACUCACGCCGCACGAGGUUCUUCGCAGCCUUGUCCCAGCAUCGCAGAACACCCUGUCAUGAUAUAAAACAGCGAGAGGGCAAAUUAUUUUAGAACAUGUAUGUUAGUUAGGCUGACUUCAGCCCUCAAUUCCGUGUCUGUGUCGUUCCCGUGUCGUCUUUUUGAAUCAUCUGUGGUCAGACUGACAAUAAAAGCCUUUGAGGAGGUUUGCCCAGGGUGUUCAAGCACCAUUCUAUGGUAGAAAAUCAGCAGAAGAUAACGUGAUGUUCUGUGGGUAAACUAUUUUCCAUCUCGUGCUCGCUGACCCACUAAAGCCGCGGAGCACAUCCAGUCGCUCCUUCACAAACACGCUUUAGGUCGGGGGGAGAAAGGGCAACUCAUUAUGGAAAUGUACAUUCCACACACAGACAUGCCGGGCACUUGCCGAAUGAGUGCACAUCAACAACUUGGCCUAGAAGUACUGACAAUGCUAAUAUUUCCCCAGCAGAACUUUGGCACGGCUCCGCUGCUUGCAUCUUUUAUUUAUUUUUCCCCCAACAAUUUUUUUUUUUCCUUCAAUGGUUGACAGCAGUUUUUUACGAGCCAAGCUUGAUGCACCGUCACGACCUCCCAGGGCCAUCACGUCUCCAUUAGAAAGACACGCGGUGGCUCCUGUGCAUCCUGUGGGGCUAAACGAUUAAAACCAGAGGAAAUGGCUUGUGCGACCAUAUGGCCAACUGUACAUCUUUUUUUUUUUUUUU